UCCUUUUUAUAUUCAUCUAUUUCCUUUCUUCUAAUAACGCAUAAGAUAGGGGAUAUAACAACUCUACUUUUUAUGAUAAAAAAAAUACAAAUGUGGUGUUCUAUCUUGAUCCUUCAAAAUACAGAAUCUAAAAUUGUUAACUGUGGUAUUAAUUAUGUGAUUGCAUUUAUGAAUUGAUAUGAUAUCUUUUGGUUGUUUCAGAAAAGGCAAUCAAGAUGAUGAAUGCCGAAAUAUAUGGCUUCAUCAUCAUCAGUAUGAUGAUUUCACAUGCUAAUGAGUAUUUUCAAUGAGUCGUUUUGCAUUUUAUGUUUUAUCAUUAUUAAGGGCUGUUAUUUGAGGACCCAUUUUGGACACCAAUUAAAUCAAUUUGAGCUUUAUAAAAUCUUGAAAAAUAAUCUGAGAAAAUCACAAUGUCUAAUUAAUUAUUUUAAAAAUCAAAAUGGGGUCCUCAAGAGGUCCUGAGUUUCAAUUAAUGCUUCUAUACCUCUAUACCAAGAGGUCUGAGUUUCAAUUCUCGGAGAAAGCAGAAUUAUACAAAUUAAAAGAGAAAAUACAAAGAGUACCGUCAAGCAUGAGUUCCAUAGGGCGAUUGAGGUGAAGCAGUCAUACGUCAAUUCUCAUACGUCAGGUAGAACUGUCGGCUGUAGAAUCGUCUGUAAUAUUUCGCUUAGUUGUAAUAUCAUAAUUAUCCAGCAUUAAAAAAAAUGAGGUAAAAAAUGAGGUGUGAAAUAAUAUCAUUUUUCUGACGUCAACUUUUGUUAUUUUAGAGAAAAAGUUAUACUACUAGACUAUUAUUACCUACCAAAUAAUAUUCCAGUUAAGUUGGUUGGUAGUUGGAGGUCAAACUUAAAUCGGAAAACGUCGCCUAAAAAUCUGGGGGCAUAAGCAACAACUUAUAAACCAACGGCUACCACCACUGGCUUUGAUUUUGUCCACUUGAUUUUGCUGAUUAAUAUAACUCAACUGGAUUGAUUAAAUAUUAAGUAAGUAUACUAAUCAUUAAUCUAUGUCCGGAUAAAUAGAUAACUCUUUUAUUAUCCCAUGUUUAAAAAAAUCAUUCAAAAUAUACGAUAAAAAAGUUUCCAUCUAUUUUUGUUCUUCAUAUUUUAAAAUUUUAUAUAUUCAGAAUGAAAAUAGUUUCAAAAAAUCCACAUAAUAAAUAUUAUAUACAUCUAUAUUCAUCAUUCAAGUUAGUAGAACUUUUAUUCUGUAAUAGUCGUCUACUCGUCUUAUUUUCCCAUGAUUAUCAUCUGGAAUCAUCAAAUUCAUUGAUUAUCAAAGUAUGAGAAUAUAACUGGCUCAACAUGUACAUAAAGCUCCAGGAAUUUACUCCAACUGGGAAUCAUAUUUAUGAUAAAACGUCAUCAUUUUUUUUUUGACAACAUAAAACGUCAUGAUUUAUUCUGUACCUCUAUUGAAAUUGAGAUCGAUGUACAUUAUAAUUUAUUACAUAUAUCGAUUAUUGUUAGUCUCUUGGCGAUAUUACAAAACUGAAACCACAUGGUAAGUAAAAACUUAAAUUUGCAUGAAAAUGUUCCCAUUGAAUGAAUAUGUUGUCGUAAAUGAGUGGAGAAAGAGACGAAAGAAAAAUUAAUGGCGGACCAACACAUGGGACUACUAGAGUUUAGGGAGCAUAUACCACCUUUCGUAUAAAUAAAAGUAUAAAUGUAUACAUACGUAUACAAGAUCAAUUUAGUGAGCCAAUACAAUUUCUUAAGCGAUUUGAUGUCGGUAUGACAUUACAUUGGAUCCCCACUUGUCUCUCUUCGUUUUUCUUUGUUCUUGAAUUUCAUUUUGCUUGUUUUCCAGUUUUACGUUUACCAUUCUAAUCUUAUUUUAUUAAAUAUUAUUUAAGUCAAAGUUACAGGUUCUGAUAAGAUAAUUUUGUAUAAUGUCACAGCUUUUGUAUAAAUAAUGAUUUCUAAUUGCCAUGUUUAGUCUCUAAACGGGAUAUGGUCAUAACAAGGGACGGUCCGGCGGUGACGGAAACGCGUAAAGGCUAAUCAUUUAACGACACUAAAAUACCAUUAUUUAAUAAGUCCACAACGAUAUUUUUCCUUUCUUAUCCCGAUUAAUUUAUAAAAUUGUUAUUUAAUAUACUCAAAUCCUAGGAAACGAACAAAUAAGCUCAAAAUUUGGUCAAUUUGUAUGUAUACAGAAUUGGAAGCUUUUGAAAGCAUACAAUACUAGAUUAAACUUUUUCUUUAAAAAAAAAUACUAAGAUUUAUUGAUGUAUGUGUGAAUGCAAUAAUAAAUGGAAGUUCAAUGAUGGAUAACACAACACAUAGUAUAAAGCGCUAUUUGCAAUGUAUUCAAUAAUUAUUCUCAUCAAAUAAUAGCUGACUGAUUAUUAGAGACGUAUUAAAAUACAAUUAAAAAAAGUUGCUUCACAUGUCUUAACGAACAUUUACUAAAACUACGUAAAAAGUCUCACAGUUUCUGAUUCUGUUGUCAUCUAUAUAUAUCUCUUAACAUACCCAUUGCUUCUCAAAACAUAUCUCACUCUUAACCAUCUUAAACCCUAAGUUCAAAAUCUCUUUUUUCUCUCUACAUUCUCUUCUGACAUUAUUCUCUCUUCGACCAAAAUCUUGUGACCUAAAAUCAGAAAAAUGAAACAGCUUUCGACAAAAGUUACAAGCAAUGGUCAUGGACAAGACUCAUCCUACUUCUUGGGAUGGGAAGAGUACGAGAAGAAUCCUUACGAUGAGAUGAAGAACCCUAAUGGGAUGAUCCAGAUGGGUCUUGCUGAAAACCAGCUAUGUUUUGAUCUCAUCGAGUCAUGGCUAGCUAAGAACCAGGACGCAGCUAGUCUCAAGAGGAACGGUCAGUCCAUUUUCAGAGAGCUUGCUCUCUUUCAAGACUAUUACGGCAUGCCUGAAUUCAAAAAAGCUAUGGCUGAGUUCAUGGAAGAGAUAAGAGGAAACAGAGUCACAUUCGAUCCCAAAAAGAUUGUGUUAGCCGCUGGUUCGACCUCUGCGAACGAGACUCUCAUGUUCUGUCUCGCUGAGCCUGGCGAUGCUUUCCUUUUGCCUACUCCUUACUAUCCUGGAUUUGAUAGAGAUCUUAAAUGGAGAACCGGAGCUGAGAUUGUACCAAUCCACUGCUCAAGCUCCAACGGCUUUCAGAUCACUGAAUCAGCUCUACAACAAGCUUACCAACAAGCCCUUAAACUUGAUCUUAAAGUCAAAGGAGUUCUUGUCACAAACCCAUCUAACCCACUUGGCACUGCGUUGACCAGACGUGAGCUUAAUCUUCUCGUUGACUUCAUCACUUCCAAGAACAUUCAUCUCAUCAGCGACGAGAUCUACUCAGGCACUAUGUUCGGGUUUGAACAGUUCAUAAGCGUAAUGGAUGUCUUGCAAGACAAGAAACUCGAAAACACCGAGGUUUCUAAAAGAGUCCACAUCGUUUACAGCCUUUCCAAAGAUCUAGGGCUUCCUGGUUUCCGCGUGGGAGCGAUCUACUCCAACGACGAGAUGAUCGUCUCCGCAGCGACAAAAAUGUCGAGUUUCGGUCUUGUCUCUUCUCAGACUCAGUACCUUCUCUCUGCAUUGCUCUCGGACAAGAAGUUCACAAGCCAGUACCUCGAGGAGAACCAGAAACGGCUCAGGUCAAGACAGAAACGCCUAGUGUCUGGUCUUGAGUCCUCGGGGAUUACUUCCCUGAGAAGCAACGCGGGUUUGUUCUGUUGGGUCGACAUGAGACACCUCUUGGACACGAACACGUUCGAAGCAGAGCUCGACCUAUGGAAAAAGAUUGUUUACAACGUGAAACUAAACAUCUCUCCCGGUUCGUCUUGCCACUGCACUGAACCGGGUUGGUUUAGGGUUUGUUUCGCUAAUAUGAGCGAGGAGACACUCGAUUUGGCCUUGAAGAGGCUCAAAACGUUCGUGGAGUCUACAGACUGUGGACGGAUGAUAUCAAGAAAAAGCCAUGAGAGGCUCAAGAGCUUGAGGAAGAAGACAGUCUCUAACUGGGUUUUCCGGGUUUCAUGGUCAGACCGUGUACCUGAUGAGCGAUGAAACUAUUCAUCUCCCUGAGUAUGAGACUACAAAUUAAACGAAAAUAACUUCAAGGUUUUUUCUUCUUCUUUAUUUCCUUCAUUUUUUUUUUAAUAUUUUGGAAGUAUUUUUAUUUCCAAGGUAUCUAUAAUAUCAUUAUAUAUGUGUAAUUUUCAUAAAUGUUUGGGUGAGUUUUAAUGCAUUUUUUCGGGUGUAACCUUGUUGCUCUAAGUGUUGUUUUUUUUUUUGAAACUUUACUAUAAGUGUUGUUAUACGUGUCUAAAAUGCACUCAGUCCGAAUGUGGACUUGCAGUGGCUAUAUAUAUUAUUUCCCGUUGUAAUUUUAAUAAAAUGUUUGCGUGUAUUGUGUAAUUCACUCUACUUAAUAUAUAUUAUAUUUGAAUUUGUAAAUAUGUGUUUCUCCAUCGUGAAGAGAAAAAUGUGUUUCCUUAAUUUGGGUUAAUUUCUGAAUCGGUUGACAUGCAAUCACCUUUGGCUAUAAGUCAUAUGAUGAUCGUUAACGUUAGUUAAGGACGUUAGUAGACAUAUAUCAAGGAGGCAUAUAAUUUACAACGUUAGUUAACUGAUUAAUACAGCUUAAUAUUGCAAUGGAGGGAAUUGGUAAACUGAGGAAGCAAAUUAGGAAAGUCAAAGGAGACGUCUUUUAUGUAAAUCGAGGAAGAGAGCAUGAUCUCUUUGUUCAAAAUGUUCCAUGAAGCCAAAUUGAUAAAUGAAUUAAACAAAUUGACAAAUAAAUCUUCAAUGAUAUAGCUAUAUAUCAAAAAGAUAGAUGAACAAUCGAUUUUUACUGCAUUUAAAACAUAUAUUUGGAUCGUUUUACAACUGUAUAAAAUGACGACUCUUACUAAAGGCUAAAGCGAUGCUAACAAAUACCAUGGUCCAGUGAUUACAAAUUUACAAUGAUUAGAGAUUUGAACAUUACAAGUUUACAACACAGUUCCAAUCAUAGCUACUGAAAUCAAUAAUUUCGCAAACUAAGAAAAGGCUCCAAUCAUUUAAAGAGAAAAAGCAUUAUAACCAUUUUAUUUAUUUUCUGUAAAUUAUUUCGGAGGGAUAAAGUCGGAUAAAGUGUCAUAUAAUAGCCUAAUCAUUAUAUAAGAUACCGGUCAAAGGUUAUAUGAUGCGAAAAGCCUAUUAUAGAUAGAAAUAGAAUAUAUACAUAUCAAACAACUAAUUUUUUUUUUUUUUUGAAAAUGCCAUGAGCCUUGUUGGUACUACGAACACUAGGAACUAUAUAAAAUACAACUUUGCUAACCGAAACUUAUUUAACUUGAGCAUAAUAUGCGGCCACACAGGCCAUAACGGCAAAUGAUCCUUACAUGUGAUGAGCAUUAAUCUGGUGGUUGAGUCCCCAAAGACCUGUCUGAAAUAAUUAAUAAUUCGAUUAAAAAUUGUACUAAUAAAGAUAUGUAUGUAUUUUGAGAAAUAAGAGAUUGAGAAUUUGGUUGGAUUUGAUAAUCCGUGAUUGAGUAUUGUACUUGAAAGUCUUAAUUGCAUAUGACCGACCAUAACUAUACAAACUGAGAUUUGUGUAGUCGUUGUACCAGAAAAUUUUCGUCGUUUAUCAUGGUCGUUAGUAUUACUUCCAAAUAUAUUAAACGACAUAUGGAAUGAUACUUAUGAUAUUAUAAGAAAAAAAAAUCGGUACGUCAACUUAGUUAUAUACUAAUCAUAUAGAAUUUGUUUAAUGGUAUAUAUCCUUAUGAUAUUAAAUUUUGUGAUUUAUUUAAGUUGUGUGAAUGUCAGUUCCAAGCUUAGUGUAAACCUAAUGGAAUUCCAAGUUACAUUGCUAAGUACGUAUAUAAGCCAUAUGUCAUGAAACUUAAUUAGUAAUUAUGUAAUUUAAUUAGUAAAGAAUCAUAGUCAAUAUGUAUUUUUAUACAGAGUGAGUUUCUAUGUAUCAACGUAUUGUAAAGUAUGUUUAAAAAAUGUACUGUAAAGUAGAAGAGAAUAAAACUACAUUGAAACCCCAUUAACAAAAAAAGAAGAAGAAGUAGAAGACUAUAUAACAUGUCAAGUUUGAACCAAGCUUUGAGUCACGUGGGCUUCACGAGUAUGCCAUAUCACAUGCCAUAAGACAUAAACAUAUAACAUCUUCUCCAUAUACAUAUACAAUGAUCAGAUUCAUAUACAUAACAAACAUGAAUUGUGAAAUUUGGUUUAUCUCCAUCACUGACUCCAACCAAUAGGACAAAUCACUUGGAUAAUUACAUAAACUAAACGCAUGGCCCGUUUGAUGUCCUUCAUAUAUGCAUGAGGGGCCAUCUACGCAUGGCUUUGUUACUUACAUGACACACCCUGUGCAUCAGUACACAGUUUUUUAGAGGACAAACAUGACGCCUAGUAUAAAAUACCGGAAUCAAAAUGCUAAUAUGACAUGAGGGCCACGUUAGCUUUUUCUCGUACUUGAUGCAUAGCUUAUGAGUCGGGAAGUCACUUAACCUUUUCUUAUAGACGGGCAUAUUUCCACUUUUUAUUAUAUUUAAUUACCGUAGAACUUUAAUCAAUGUUGUGCUUUGUGUAUACAUCCACUUAAUAUGUGUGCAAUUACGAAGAUUCAUCGCACAUCUGUUACUUAGAAAACAAGAAUCAAAUCACUCAGAGAUUUGUUUCUUUGGCUUAGAUGCACCGGCGUGAAUUAUAAUAUAGAGUCGUCGGAUUAAUGCUCAUGGAGUCUAUCAAUGUUCAUCCUCUUCUUCCCACCUUUUUAAACAUUGUUUACUCUCAAAUUAAUCUCUUUGUUUAAUUGACUUUUUUGUUGAUUUUUUCUCCAAAGAAGAAAGUUAGUGGCUCUUCCUCCCUUCAAACCUAAGUAAUUUAGUGACAUAUGAUGCUUAAUCCUCAAAUUUAAACCCACCACUUGAGUAUUUGCUUUAACUUCUGCUCUUCUGGUCAAGUAACUAAUGGGCUUUUAUGAGCCUUAACGAAACAUAUUGAUCAUAUCUAAUAAUGUACCAUAUGUUUUUCAUUUAUACGGGCUUUCAUGGGCUUUACUAGCGUUUUAAAACGAAAAAAAAAGAGUUUGAUUCGAAGGUCAUUUGCGGGAUGUUUUGAUCUGGAUUUUACUUAAAGUAGCUGAAAUUUAAAGUAGUGGAAAGUAAUAUAAAUAAAUAAUAGUAAAUAUAUUAUGAAAAUAAUUAGUGGAAAAUAUUUUAUCAGUUUAUUUAAAGUAGCUGAAAUUUCCCCGUA